UAAUUAUUAAGAACAUAUAUUGACCUUACGCCUGUCGGCCAGAUCAGGCCAGCGGAAAGCAGUAGCCGAUUUCAUUGUCGGUCACGUCAAUUUCGAAAGAUCACAUAUCGAUUCCCGACCUGAUGCUAAGCUCGAGGCGACCCAGUUUAUAGGGGUCCGCCUAUCUGUCGGGCAGAACCCCUUGUGCCUGGAUGCCGUUGCAAAGGGAGAUACAAGACAGCACCGCUUGUGAAGACCAGAACGAUUAAUAGUAAUAGAAAUUAGGCUGAGCACGUCUAUUGAUUAUUGCUGGAAACUGUACCGCAUUCAAGGGGUAUCAGUACCGGUUGAAGUUCUCAGCCAUUACUUCGAAUCGAGCAAUAUGUACGAUCAGUUAGUUCCCAAUAACGACAUAAUAUCUGGCUUUUCAAGUGUACCCCAUAUGACUCGUUGGUGAUUAGCGCGUGAUCGAAUGCCACUAUAAUAUAGAAACUAGAAAGCAAGAGAAGCGAAACCGGAGUUGACGACAUUACGCGGCAGUGUGAACAGGUUUCCAAAAUCCCAAACGCCAUACAAAAUGCUGCCGGAAAAUUUCGUUGAGUGGCCUAAAGGGCGAGGACUGGGUCCGCUUGUUUUGCUUUUGGCAUGCCUUCUACCCACGAUAUCGUCUGAUCGGCCCGGAGAAGACCCCUUCGGAUCGAUUGAUGACACGACUGCAAACAACGUAUGCACAUUCGAAUGCAUUGAAGACAUCUUGCAGAAUAAAAAAUUUGUCAACCUCAUCGUUACUAUGAGUAGCCAGAAGCUCGAUGACACCGAUAUUCAUACUUAUGAAAACCUGAUUCCGGAUGAGAUCAAGGCGUUUCUCCAUGACCAAACGCAAACGAAACAAUUUCUUGAGAGCUUGAAUGUUACCAUAGAGCACGCAGCACAUGACGCUGCAACGAGAACGAGGCGCGUGCAAGAGACAAACACUCCAAGAGUGAUGAAGACUCGUGUAGAGGCUCCGAAGAUGGAUGUCACUCACAUUGAGGAAACUGAAGAGAUCUCAAGCAAGCUAAUCCACGGGCAGUUGGAAUACCCUAUUGUAGUCAACUCUCAAGGUCAGAUGAUUGUAACGAUACAUGGCUGCGUUUACAAAAUCCCUGAAGAAAUCGAGCGCAUUCAAUUGAAUGACACGACAGAGCUCAAGCAUCUAUUCGUAGAGUUAAAAGUUCUUGGUUUCCCAGUCACUCAGUCAGCACCGAACCGAAUUUCCUGGACCUCAACGAAAAUCACCAAUGCUGACGCGUCUGUUUCAACUAUGACGACUUCUACCGGCACUCAAGUUGUCACUAUCAAUGGCAAUUCGUUUAACUUACCGGCCGAAAACCAACUUCUCAUUAAGUACUUAGCGGAACAGCCUUCGAUGACGUUCAACGUAUUGGAGAAACUUAAAGCUCUAAAUGGUCAACUGGAUAUAAACAAACUGGCGUCGACUAAGCGGAUAGUCCAUGAGACCCGGCCGACUGAAAUAAAAGAAGAAGCUUUAGGUACGUCGACCGAGCACACGAUUUCCACGAGUCAUGAGAGUUCUAUAAGCUCUAUAACGCCACUCAACUACACUCAAAUGCCAAUAGAGGUCGUGGAUGGCUCCAUACAGAUAACAGCCGAAGGCCAAUGUUUCCGCUUCCCUGAGGAUCUGCCGCGGAUGUCUCAGGCUCUCACCGAGCAGCAACUGCAGGUGUUAUUCGUCACCGCACAAAAUGAAGGCUUUCCUGUGAAGUUUGAGGAUCAUCAGAUAAUUUUUGAUUCGGAUAUCAUUGAUAAGGGCCCACGUGUGCAAAUCGACAGGACGACAACAGCCGAUACAGCUGUCACCGUUAUAAUCAAUCAACGGAAGAUCGCUUUGCCCGCUGAAAGAGAUGUUCUUCGGAAAUAUAUCCAGGAAGAUCAGCAUGUCAUCUAUCACCUGCUGGAGACCUUCCGAGAAAAUGGAAUAGAAAUAGAUCUGGCAACCCUUGAAAUUACAUUGCCUCAACAAAGCGUUGCGUCGACAACGAAUGGCCCAUACGCUACUUCUUUGUUGGAAAGGAGGAAUGAUGCUACCGAAGAAUAUCCUGUUCUAGGUCCAGAAGAAGCUCCGAACUAUAACGACCAGAACCAAUUGUCUGAAUCGCAUGAGAGCGCCAUGACUAACGGACAACCUUCGUUGCAGUCCACGAGGGACGGACGUAUUGUGAUCAUUUUCGAAGGACAACGAUUCACUAUGCCUGACGAGCUGCCGAAAAUGAACAGGGUGCUUGAUGCCGAACAGGUUCAGCUAUUAGUAUCCAGCCUCUCUCUUUUGGGUGUUCCAGUCCAGAUGCAAUCAGGCCAAAUAAUUAUCGUUAGAAAACCUUCGAUAGACUCGAUCAACGUGCAACAACUUCCCGGUGACCAGGUAUUAGUUCACGUCGAUCAGUCGACGUAUACAUUGCCUCAAGAAGCAGAUCGUUUGCGCCUCUUAUGGGAACAACAUCCUGAAUACAUCUACACCAUCGUUUUAGGCUAUCCUAGAUCUGUGGUCGGUACGCCCUUGCUUUGGAACAAUUAUCUCACUGACCACGUUCUUCUCACGCAGGAGCUCGCCCGUACGCACUACGCAUUGACCGUCCCUUCACGCGAAGUCGCCAGUAUAUUUGAACGCAUACCCUCAUACGAGUUGCUUACGACGCUGGAUGGUCGGCUUCUUAUUCGGGUACAAGGACAGGUCCUGCAAGUGCCCGAUGACCUGCCAAAAUUGCAGACACUUGUGAAUCCUACUAUGCUCAUGACGAUUGUAACCCGGUUGCAGCAAAUGGGAGUUCCAAUACAAAUUAGUAAUAAUCGAGUGGUUGUCACUAGGGAAACGUCAACGUCUUACAGAAUCGAGGUAGAGGUUCACACGCGCGGUGACCGGCUGAUUUCGAUAGUGAUUAACAUGAAUGGACAAAGAUUCGAAUUGCCCCGUGAUGCCGAUAAGUUUCAACAGGUCAUCAAAACCAAACCAGAGAUCACCUUCCAACUCUUCAAGCUCCUUGCGAAAUAUCGCAUUCCAAUGGAGUUCGAUCAAAAGAGCGGUAUGAUCUCAUUUACUUUCAGUGACGAUGAACCUUCAUCUGAACAAAGCGACCACGCAGUGCAAUACACAAUUGCGACAGAAAAUGGUAAAAUCAUAAUUCGAAUCGGGGAAAAAACGUUUGAAAUCCCUCGGGACCUGGAGAGCCUGACGAGAAUUCUUAACCACGAACAACUUGUGACAAUUGUACAGGAACUGAAAUCAUUCGGCGCGCCCAUAGAAUUGCGAGGGUCCCGGCUCGUAGUCACCAGAGAGCAAACAACAAGCUAUAGAAUUUCACUACAGGUGACAACAAUGCGAGGCCAACCCAUCAAAGCCAUUGUUACUAUUAAUCAGGACAGAUACCAACUACCAGCUGAUGAAGACCGGUUCGAAGCGUUCUUAGCUAAGGAACCUUCUAUAAAUUAUAAAAUCUUCCAGCUCCUGUCAAGUAAAAAUAUACCCAUCAGCUAUGAUAAUGAGACGCGACGCGUUCGAAUCAAGUUCGCGACUCCCGCCCAGAUUCAAAGGCAAUUUCGUCGAUCUCGCCGAAUUGUGUCGUCAGGAUCGCACACCUCCUCGUUAUCGAAAUCAAUGUCAGCCUCAGUCAUCUAUGGGCACAACAAUCAAAAUAUAAUCCAUGGAUAGGGGGCACGAAAUGGCUGAGAUGGUUGAAGUUGGGUCAAGUACUAUACAUGUUCCUAUAAUGUCGUGUUUUUCCCUUAUCAAAAUAAUAUCGGAAGUAAAGGACGUUUCAUUGAGACGGCGAUAACGUGUCACAUGUAGGAAAGGUUCAGCUGCUAUGAAGUUUUCCACAUAUAUUUCAGUAGUGUCUUCGUUGAAAUGUAUGUAUGUAUGUAUGCCUUUGAACUAGGCCAAAUAUGAAAUUAGCUGUUAUAAAAUGGAAAUAAAUAUGGUGACGACUAAAUUCUCCAUUGUUCCCGCAUU